GACAGAAGUUGUAGUAGUUCAUACCAUGGAUGUAUUAUAGAACUAUCAUACUUAUAUCAUACUUUAUUCACUUUAGCGUUUUGUUUUUAACCAAAGGUAGCAGUUGCCUCUUUUUAUCGGUACAGCUAGCUGUCAUGUUUAUACAGUAACGCCCACGACUAAACCAAAUAAUAACCGUGGUAGUUCCGACUCCUGCAUAUUUAGUUAGUGGUUGGUGGGUAGGCAGGUGAACAAGGUGAUGUCUGAGCUGAGUGUCAACCUGCAUGCUUCACACGCAGGAUCGUGCCAUGAACAGGAUGGACCAUGCCCUGACUCCACGGGAUCCACCAACAUUGAUGUUUGCAGUCCCGACCUGCAGGGCCUGCUGCCUGCUGUCCACUCAUCCUCUGCAGAUGUUAGUCCCUCACCAUCUGCAGAGUCCAGUGGCUUGUUGUCUUUGCCGUGGGAGAUCUUAACCCACAUUGCAUCACUCCUUCCUGCUCAGUGUGUCAUUGAUGUGCUGCCAAAGGUUUGUGACACUUUGGGUACCGUGGGUAAAGACAGCACCACCUGGCAGCUGCGUGCACGGAGACUAACUGGAUCCAGAGCAAGUUUUCCAUUUGUGCCAAGGGAGGACUUUGACUGGCCUACUGCUUGUCUGGAAAUGGAGCAACUAAUAUCCUGCUGGACAGGUGAAGAGCAGCAUAUAGCCAGAGGCUCCCAAGUGGAUGAAGAAAGAGGAGAAGGUCAAGCGAGACCACAGGCAGGUGGACCAGCUGCAGAGGGACAGGACGGUGGUGGACAGGGGGAGGUAGAGGGAGUGGGAGUGGCGGCGCAGGAGGUUGCUUAUGGUGCUAAUGAAGGAUUGGAGGUUGAGAUAGAAGGUGAGGAUGGUGAAAUGCAGCCCAUCUUAGGAGUCCAAGAGGCAAGAUUGAGAGAGGAAUUGGGAGGCGGACUGGAUAAUGGUGCGGCAGCACUAAUGGAACAGGAAAGGAUGGCUUUUCAUGCUUAUAUGGAGCAAGUAGUGGCUCCUGAUAAGCAGGAGAACCCGGUUGAUCGAGGAAAUAAAAUAGGUUUCAGUCCAUCCCCAGCGCUGGAGUACACGAACUUCGCUAUAGAUCACAUCGGACAGGUCAACUCAGUCCUCCUCCUCGGUGGAAAGGGUGCCGUCUGUGCUACAGCAUCACGAGAUGGGAAUGUGAAAUUAUGGGAUCUUCAAGCAACCUCCGAUCGUACUUUAAUAUACACGUUGGGAAGGAAGGGUGAUUUCAGCACCCAUAAGGGCUGGGUGUGGUGCCUGGCAUCCGAGGGUCCACUGCUGGCCUCAGGGGGCUUUGACAACACGGUGAGCCUAUGGGACCUUCAGGCAGGUGGUGCAGAGAGGGGCCUGAUCAAGACUGGGGCUGCUGUCAUCUGCUUGUCCUGUCAGCCAGACGUGCUGCUGGCUGGUACAUUUGACAAGAUGGUCAGCUUAUACGACCCCAGAGCUGCUGAACCACUGAUUAAAAGCCUCCGUCUCCAUAAAGGUGCUGUAAUGUGCCUCGCAGCAGAUGACAAAUACAUAAUCUCUGGAAGUAAAGACUCCACUGUGGCAAUUUAUGACCGCAGGGCAGGAAAAACCUUGGAGAAAUGCAGGCUGAGGUCUUAUCUAGUGUCCAUGAGCUACAAUGGCUGUGAAGUCUGGGCAGGAGACCAAACAGGCAUGCUGCAUUGUUUGGCAGUACAGACGGGGACCUUGAAACUCCUGUCUCAGUUUGAUGUGGGACACACGGCUCUGAUCACUGGCAUCCACAGUUCCCUUGGAACCCUCUACACGUGCUCAUCUGAUCGUACUGUCAAGGUACAUAUUCCUUCUGCACCUCCAAGGACCUUAUGCACUCUGCAUCAUCAGACUGGAGUCCAUGGGUUGAGUGUGGAAGCUGGAGUCCUCGCUGUGGCUUCAUGGGAGUCAAGUCUGGCAAUCUGGAGGCCCAGAACAUUAAGCUAGAAAUCCACACACAAGAAGGUCAGACGGAUACAGACAAGAUCCGAAGCAUAACACCUGCUGACCUUUUGGUUGUCAUGUCAUGAAAUUUGGAAAGCAAUCAGCAUUAAGGAUGAUGUUGUCUUUAAAAAAAUAAUAAUACUGAUAAUUAGAAUUAUAAAGUUGUACCACCAACACUGCUUUCCUGGCUGUUUCUGGAGAAAUAUAAAUUGUGUAAUUUAACAGAUAAACCCACAUUGUUGUAGCUUGUAAAGAGACCAGCUUUUUGUAGUACAUAUGGCCAAUGUAAUUGUUUUAUUUUAUAAGUGUAAAAUUGAAACAUUUGUAAAAAAAAAAAAAAAAAAAAAGUUGUUGAAUUUAGUGUAAUUCUGACUGAACUUUCUUCCUGUGAUUGCAUUUUGUAAUUUUGAAAGUUCCAGGUGUGUUUAUGUUGCUACGUUUAUUUAUUUCUGUUGCUUUUUUCUGUAUGCACAAAGCUUCUGGGACAAUGUCUUCUAGACAGAUGAGACAAAAAAAAAGUGCCAGUUUGGAGACAAAAAUGGCUGAAAACAAAACUUUGGACAAUUCUGAAGUGGCCCUCUACGAGCCCUCCAAACCUGAGACUGCUGGACGAGAAGUUAUCUCAUUGACCACUGUGGAUUCCCCCUUCUUUAAUGGAAGGAUACCAACACAUUUGGCAAAAACAAAAUCUUAUUGAAAAAAAUCCAUUACAGUGACUAAUAAUACAACCUGUUACAAAGUGCUUUGUUCAAUAAAUGAAAAAUACAUUUCCUCACUUUCUGUGACACACUGAAUGUGGCAUGAAAUGUCCUGAAAAUUGAGUGUCUGCAUUUAUGUACAACUUGCAACAGUUUGUGAUGUCUUAGUUCUGGCAGGGUUACGUAAAGGCUUCAUUUCCAUACUUCCGUACAUUUGAUAGCAGACACUCCUCACUGGUGCUCCUCAAGCAGAACAUCCGUCAUGCUUUGGUUGUCAUCUCUGCUUCAAACUGUCAAAGCAGCACACAGGUCUUCUUGUCUUUGAAGGGAUUAGACGAGGCAGCUAUACCGGUGAGCAGGGGGUCGCUGUGCCUGUGCUCUUGACAGUAUCGGACCAAGUCUGCUGCUGUGAGGGAGAUCUGCUCAGAGAAAAUGGCACUUCCCAGGAUUUCAAA